UCUGCCCUCUGCACGAGUAAGACUACACGCUAGGUUAAGCACUAAAUUGGGUAACUGUUCAGUGACCGCAGAUAAACACCUGUUCGUACAGAUCAUCCUGAGCCAGAGUGGACGGGAACUGCUUUGAUACAGCAAACAUUUGGACCAGCAAUCGAUCCAAGACGGGGGUUUUAGGACCUAAAAUGUCAGACUUGAAAGGCAAGAGAAAAGAAUAUCUAAGUGUGAAGGAUCUGCAGAAGGUUUUGGACUCGUGCAAACUACAUCUCAGUCAAGUUGAUGAGGUCUGGCCAAACAUAUACAUAGGGAAUGUGGCAGUAGCCCAAAACAAGACCGCUUUGCAGAAAUUAGGUAUAACUCAUGUAUUAAACGCUGCUCACUCCAAGCGAGGCAGCAUAGGAAACCAAAGCUUUUAUGGCAACGGCUUUGUGUAUUGUGGCAUUCCAGCAGAUGACUCAACACACUUUGAUCUGGAUGUUUACUUCCAGCCUGCAGCUGAUUUCAUUCAUAAAGCUCUGAAGGCACCUGAUGGGAAGGUUCUGGUGCACUGCAUCAUGGGAAUGAGCCGGUCAUCGACCUUGGUGUUAGCGUACCUCAUGAUCUACCAUCACCUCACGCUCAAACGGGCUUUGCAGAAAUUGAUCGAGAAGAGAGCCAUCUACCCCAACAGGAAUUUCCUGGCUUUGUUGUUGGAUCUGGAUCUUCAGCUAACAAGAAAAAAGAAAACAUGUCACAUACUGUAAUCAAGAGAAGUUUACACUUUUUUAGCCACACAGCAGCGUUAUGUCUAGGGAUGGUGAUGCCGGUCGGUCUGUUGGUCCAGACUGAAAUAUUUCUAAUAGAUUGUCAUGAAAUUUAGUUCAACUAAUGAAAUGAGAUUAACAGUAGGUUAAUCUAUCAUGUUGGCAUGUUAAACGUAAAAAUAAAAAGAAUGGGAAAGCUGCACACAUUUAACUACACAUAAUAACUCAGCCCUCAGUUUUUAAUUAGCAUGUUGAAUGUUGACAUAACAUUAAUAUAGGCCUACUAAAUGUUAUCGUAAGGAGAAAAUCUGCACACUCAUAACUUUUCUUUUUUUAAACUCAGAAUCAAUGUUUCAGAACGUAAUGCCGUCUUCUAAAUAUUAGAAAGUUACGCUGAGUUAAACAUUAGCAGGUUAACAUGCUAACAUACUAAGCAUUACAUACAAAAUAUUAGCAAUUUAAAAAGCUAAUGUUGGCAUGCUGACAUGGUAUUGUAAAUAUUAGAUGCCAACAACAUGUAAGCUAGUUGUUAAUAUGCAUUAAAACAUGAUGACAGUAUGUUAACACGCUAACAUGUCAGCAUUCAGCUCAGGAAACAGCUGAGUACACAAAGUACACUUCAAACUGGAAAGAAGUCUCGGAAAAUUUGACAACGCAGAAAUGUAGCGGUAACAUAACCUGGCCAGGGCCGUAUACGGCUCUGACAUGGCCUGUUCUCUGGCGCCACCCUGAGGCCAAGCUUUACAUUGCUUGCAUCACCAGUGGUAAAGGAGUUGUAAAGUUGUCUCUCAAUUAGAAUAAAAUGUAGGUGUCUGGUUUAUAACAAGCUACAUAACUUUCUCAUGGACCUGCUACCAUGGUUAAGGACUUUAUUGUUCUUUUGUUUUUUAUGUUUUUAGAGGCAGUGAUGUUAAAAACAAAUAAUGUCUUAACAAAAAGACAGUUUGGAAACUUGAUGCAACGCAAAGUGAAAACAGAGACAAGACUGAACAAUGAAUGCUAAUGAUUUGAUGGAGCUUUUAUGACUAUUUAUUUAUUUAUGUCUUUCAGUUACCUCUCAUUCUUGUAAGAUUUAAUUUUCUUCAGCACCUCACUUUAUUUACAGCCGAAUGGACCAAAUUUCUUACGUAAAAAAUGUGUUUACAAAGCAUCAGUUUUUUUGUAAACUCUGUAGACGACUCAGAAAAGAUUCAUGUUUCUGCAAUUCAACAUUCAAACUAAAAAUGGGAAUCAAUCUACAGCACCCGUCUCUUUAACAAGACCAACUCAUCAGUGUUCACAGAAUGAAAUUCCUUUGGUGUAUUUGUCAAGCUAGUUGAGCUGAUCAUCACUGUACAUCAAAAGGUUUCAGAUCUUUUGAUUGUCCAAAAAGGUUCACACAUGCAUCUACUAUAUAGUAGUUUGACAGCAAUGGUUCCUAUUUGUUAUAAUUCAUUAUCGCUCAACCUCAUUGUAUCACACAUGUAGUACAAACUGAAUUAUAUAUUGCAUAUUUGUAUUGUUGGAGUCAGAUGUUCAAUUUCAAAUGGUUUCGUUUAUGGAUAUUUUAUUUAGAUACACGAAAAAUAAUAUUAAAUUUGGACGUUUUGCAAAGAAACAUGAUAAAAAUAUAUCUAUUGUAUAAGAUACGUAUUUUUUGUACUUAUGUUCAUCUUUCUUGUGUAAUUCUUUUUGACAUGCUACUUUUAUGCUUUAGCCAAGACUAUGUCCACAUCACAGUUUUAACUGUAAACCUUAUAUCAGUUUUUCUGUUUUAUUUACUUUAUAUGCGGAUCAUUUAUAAAUGAUCCAAAUAUAUAGUAAAAGAGAUCAGAAACUCCUGAUGUGACCAAAUGCCCAGGUGUAAAUUUUAACACACAUCACUGUAGAGAAGAAUCUCAGUAGCGACUGUGUCAGAUUUAAGCUUAGCAGCACUGAUCUAAUUCUGUUGCUAUUGAAAAAGCUGUGUCCUAUCCUCCCUCGUCUGCUGGUAGCUCGGGUAACCUUAAAGGAAUGCAGAAGAUGAUGCCAGAAUUAUUUUGGGCUGAGAUUCAGAUGUUAAAAUAGCAAAAAAGGUUGCAGGGUAGAUUACCAAGGAGAACGCAGACAGUUGUGCUGUCGACCCACAUGUAGCUCUUUUACAGAGAGACCUUGAAAAGCAACGUUUCCAGCCAAGGCAAGUGUCUGCUAACAAUAUGUUGUUACGGAUUUGUUGCAGAUAGAAGUCCAUGUUGGAAAAUAUUGAUUAGACUUUACAGUGUAUGGAUUUAAAGUACUUAUACCUUUGUUUGAAGGGUAAACAUGUUUAUACUGUAAAGCACUUUUAAUAAAUUAGGAUGUACUGUGA